UUAGACCUGCUUUCAGACCUGCUUUAGUCCUGGUUUAGUCCUGGUUUCCGUUGGCUCCUCCCUGGUCCCUCUAAAGUCCGCGCUCAGACUCAAAGACCUCUUUCAGCUCUGGACUCUGCAGCUGCUGCUCCCACGACGAUGGAACAGGUCUCCAUGACGACGCAGCUGUUCCUCCUGCUGGUGUCCCUCCCUCUGCUCUGGGCCUCUGUAGAGCUGUCCCCCCAUCAAGACUUGGGGGAGGAGCUCCGGGUGAGCAUUCCUCUGGACGCUCCAUUGCUCCCCCUGUUGGGAGGAAAGGUGGUGCUGCCCUGUUACUUUGAGGACGACGUGGUAGCCCCACCCACCUCGUUGGCCGACCUAAAGCAUCGCGUGAAGUGGAGUCAUGUGACAGAGACAGGCACUCGGACGGUGCUGGUGGCAGUGGGCGAGACCGUGCAAGUGGAGGGGGAGUUUGUGGACCGUGUUACUAUGGUGAACUACCCGCUGGUGCCUACUGACAUCAGCCUCGAGAUCACUGAGCUGCGUCGGACUGACUCGGGCGUUUACCGCUGUGAGGUCACACAUGGGCUCCAGAGCAAACAAGACACAGUACACAUGCACGUCACAGGAGUGGUAUUCCACUACAGAGCAUUCACACGUUACUCUCUGACAUUUGAAAAAGCCAGAGCAGCGUGUGAAGAGAACAGCGCUACUUUGGCCACUCCAGCACAACUGCAGGCGGCCUAUGAUGACGGAUUCCACCAGUGCGAUGCAGGCUGGCUAUCAGACCAGACCGUCAGGUACCCCAUCCAGGAGCCCAGGGAGCGUUGCUAUGGAGACAAGGAGAACUUUCCCGGAGUUCGGACUUAUGGGGUCCGAGACCUGAACGAAACCUACGAUGUGUACUGCUUUGCUGAGAAGAUGGAUGGUCAUGUGGUCUACUCCACAUCUCUGGAGAAGUUCUCGUUUUCUGAAGCUGCAGAUCAGUGUGUGAAGCUUGGAGGACGUCUCGCCUCCACAGGUGAGCUGUACCUGGCAUGGGGGCGGGGCAUGGAUGUCUGCAGUGCUGGUUGGCUUAAGGACGGCAGCGUGAGGUACCCCAUAAACAAGCCCCGCCCUCAGUGUGGCGGGGGGCUGAUCGGCGUGCGCACUGUGUACCUACAUGAAAAUCAGACCGGCUUCCCCCAACCGGACUCCCGCUACGACGCAAUCUGCUUCAGAGAGGGAGAAGAACCGGUCAAGCCCUUCCCUGGGCUCACCCCUCCCCCUACAGAAGAGGAGGCGAAGGGUGGAGAUGUCAUGACUAUAACCCCCCUCAUUGUUCCCCCCUCUGCACCACUCCUCCACAGCUUAAUUGGUCUGUUUUUUCGUUCAGGUGUGGUGUUCCAUUACCGUUCCUCCAGGGGGCGAUAUGAGCUCACAUUUGAGGAGGCGAGGCAGACAUGUGUGGAUGUGGGUGGAGUCAUUGCCAGUCCUGAGCAGCUCCAAACGGCAUUUGAAAAUGGGCUCCACCAGUGCGAUGCUGGCUGGCUGAGGGACCACACUGUUAGGUACCCAAUUGUGUCUCCCCGAGACAGCUGUGCAGGGGACCUUCUGAAUGUCCCUGGAGUGAGAUCUUAUGGACUGAAACCUGCCUUUGAGAAAUACGAUGUGUAUUGUUACGUCGACCGCCUUGAAGGGGAGGUGUUUUUCUCCAGUGACUAUGAUAGCUUCUCUCUGGAUGAGGCGCACCAACACUGUGAGCAGCUCAACGCGUCACUGGCGUCUCCAGGGCAACUGUACGCGGCAUGGAGGGCGGGGCUUGAUAAGUGUAAACCGGGUUGGCUGCAGGAUGGGUCAGUGCGUUACCCAGUCAGCCGGCCACGCCCUCAGUGCGGCCAAGGAACUACCGGAGUCCACAUCAUUCACGCCUUCCCCAACCAAACCGGCUUCCCCGACGUACACUCUCGUUAUGACGCCUACUGCUACAGAGCAGUGAAUGUGACCAAAUUGACCACAACUGUGCCCCCUGGAGUUGUCUUCACGACCACAGCUCCAUCAGCGUUUAUUCCCACUGGGCUCGAUGCAAAAACUGGUGAUGAAAGAACGCCAGGCAUUUCUGCGACGACGAUGUCACUGUCAGAGGAGGUGAUCGGCGCUGUCACAGCUCGAGAGCAGUAUGUCACUCCCAGAGUUAUCCCCCAUCGACCUGACUCUUAUACUCCUGCUGGACAGACUGAAAGGGCUGAAGUGUCUGAACUGCCUUUUCAAGUGACAGAGGAGGUGAUCCAUGAAUCCAGAGUCCCACAGCAGUCUGUCACACCCACAGCAUUUCCUUCAGUUACACCUGAUCUGGAGACCUCAGCUUCAGGCUCUGCUUCAGGCUCUGCUUCAGGCUCUGCUUCAGGAGAGCCAUUUGGGACUAGCGCAGAGGUGUCUGCUGAGGGUCCAGGGUCCACUCUGGUGUCAGGUUCUGGGUCUGGUCUGGACUCUGGUCUGGGCUCUGGUCUGGACUCUGGGGCAUGUUCUGCAGAAGGUUCUGGUGUGGUCUUUGUCUCUGGAGACACAGAAAGUGACAAGUCCAGAGACCCAGAAAAGCCAGAGGCCACAGGAGAGACUGCAUCUGGAGUCUCAGUAUCAGGAUUGGGAUCUGGAGAGGAGUCUGGUUCGAGCCCAAGCUUGGGUAUUCCUUCAGGUCUUGAAUCCGGGCUUGGGCCUGGGGUCAGUGGAGACCGGAGUGGUUCCGGUUUGGUGUUUGUGGAUGGGGUUGAGGAGCAGAUCAGCGAGAGUGCCUCCGGAGAGGAGCUGGGUCGAGGAGGAGUGAUCUACAGCGGUUCUGGGUCCUGGAGGGUCUCUGGCUCGGCCUCUGGAUCCGGCUCAGGAUCUGGAUUUUCUGAAGUGCUGCUGGUGGAUGGGACCCUUGUGGACCAAAGCCCGGAUCGGACUUGGGGGCAGGAGCUCUCGGGAUCUCAGCCUGUGGGAUCGGGAUUCAGUGGGACCUCUGGCAGCACCUCAACCUUAAGUGGAGUAGGAUUCUGGGAGAGCGGGCGCCCUUGGGAGCAACUCCGUGGAGAUGUGGUUUAUGAGACAGACACCCAUACUGAGACUGUAAAUGUAGAGGGGCGGGGUGAGGUGCACUUCAGUGGAGAACACACCUCUGCAUCAGGAGGCAGUGGCAGUGGCAGUGGCAGUGGCAGCGGCCACCACUCAGAGCCAAAGGAACCCCACACUGACCAAUCAGAAUCUGUGACACCGGCAGAGGCAUACACCAGCCCUACCACUGCUCCCUCAGUGUCUCUGCUGCCACCAACCGCAGUGGAAGAGCCUGCAGUGGUCACAGAGGAAGGCUGUGCUGAGGGCUGGCAGUUCUUCAUGGGGAGCUGUUACCUUCACGUCAACGACAGACUCACCUGGACGGAGGCGGAGCAACUGUGUGUCCGGGUGAACGCCCACCUGUCCAGCGUCCAAUCAGAGGAGGAGCAGCUCUUCCUCAACUCGAAUGGUCAAGACUAUCAGUGGAUUGGACUCAAUGACAAAGAUGUCCAGGGAGAGUUUGGCUGGACAGACGGUGCUCCUCUGACCUUCCUGAACUGGAGGCCUAAUCAGCCGGAUAAUUACUUUGGCGCUGGAGAGGACUGUGUGGUCAUGAUCUGGCAUGAAGGAGGACAAUGGAAUGAUGUGCCCUGUAACUACCAGCUGCCCUUCACUUGCAAGAGCUCCCCAGUAUCCUGUGGUGCUCCUCCUGUAGUGUCAAAUGCCCGUCCUCUAGGGGGCAGUAGAGAGCGCUAUGUGGCAGGUUCUGUUGUGAGAUACCAGUGUGAGCCAGGCUUCACACAGCGCCACCCGUCUGUCAUACGCUGUAAGGACAAUGGCCAGUGGGAGGAACCUCAGGUGGAGUGCACGACAGAUCGCCUUCAUAAACGAUCCGCCAGAAGGAGAACUACACAGGAACAAGACCAGCUCUGAACCGGACUCAACCUGGUCUGAACCCCAAACACCUGCCCCUGCCUCCCACCCCCCGGGAGCCCCAAAACCUGAUCCAGACCUAGACCACUCUGGACAAAGCCCCUCUUGGACUCUACCUUCUGUAUACUGCAUGUCUGGUCUCUGGUGUAGCCUGGACCCUGGUCUGAUCUCUGGUCUCUGGUCUAGGCUCUAUUCUCUAGACUAGUUUCUGGUCUCUGGACUAGGCUCUGGUCUAGACUCUGGUCUAGGCUCUGGUCCCUGGACUAGGCUUUGGUCUAGACUCUGGUCUAGACUCUAGGCCGUGGUCUGGUCUUGUUUCUUUUUUUGGGGUGGGGGCAGAGAAUUGUCGCAGACCGGUUUCUGUGAAUGAGCCUUUGUAGAUUAAUUUAUAGAAAAUUCUUAUUAGGUUUGUAGAAAAUCUGUGGCCCCUGGACGAGACAGACCUCAGUGCAGCACAGUGGUAUUAAGUAAGUAAGUAAGUACCCUUAGAACUUCAAUAUUUUGAUACUUUUCCAGUUAAUAUCACACCAGUGAAUCUUAUUUGUACCAUAUGAGGAAUCAGCACAAAUCAUCAGGGCUCCCUUCAGGGAGUCAUGUGCUGAUCCGGUCACUAUUAUUUUAUAAAGUAAAUGUAAUUUUGUUAAAUCAGUAAUGAACUGCAUACACACUACAGUCUUUCAUACAGGAGGCUGGGCACUAGGGGGGCACUCUAACUCUUAAGCACACAGAGACGCAGCCCGGGUGGCGGGAGGGCAUCUGGCUUAAGUCUGUCUCGUCCAGAUUUUUGCCUUAGAUUGUUUCUUCUGGUUUCAUACAGUAAUUUUUUCUCAAAUUAUGUCAUGUUUAAGUCACUUUAACAUGUUGUUUUACUGAAUCACAAUAUUCUUGGCUGGAUCUAGAAAAAUCAAAGAAAACGGAACCAGGACUGAACAAGGACUAAACAGGGACUACUUCUACUUACAAAAUGCACAGAAUGUUUUAUGUAUUUUUUUGAAAAUAUUUCUACUGAUAAACGGUUGAGUCACCGCUGGAUUCUUCAACAAAGCUUCAUGUUUUAAAUAGUUUUGUUUGUGUAGUUUAAAUUCAGAUGCCCUCCCACGGAUCACCUCAGUGCACCUUAAAGUCCCUGUUUGUCUGUAAAAAGUUCUCAGAAUAAAGGUAUCCAACUUCAA